CAACGAGCACCCUCCCACGCCUGCUCCACAGUCAUCACGGUGAUCGUCGGGCGUGGCACAUAGUUCGGAGGGAUUGGCAGCGCUGGCAGGUGCAGUCGUGCGGGCAGCAUGGAAACGGCCCAGCAGGGCGGCUUCAGCUUCGACCUGUGCAAGCGGAAUGAGUUCUUCGCGGCCAAGGGCGUCCAGCACCCCGGCUUCACCAAGACAGGCACAACCAUUGCGGGGUUGAUAUUCAAGGACGGCGUGGUGCUGGGCGCCGACACGCGCUCCACCGCGGGCUCCACCGUGGCCGACAAGAACUGCGAGAAGAUUCACUUCAUCGCGCCCAACAUCUACUGCUGCGGCGCGGGCACCGCGGCCGACACCGAAAACGUGACGGGCAUGGUGGCCAGCCAGUUGGAGCUGCACCGCUACGCCACGGGCACCCAGUCGCGCGUGGUCACAGCCAUGACGCUGCUCAAGGGCCACCUGUUCAAGUACCAGGGCCACGUGUCUGCGGCGCUGGUUCUGGGCGGCGUCGACUUCCGCGGCCCCCACCUCUUCACCGUCUACCCGCACGGCUCCACCGACUCGCUGCCCUUUGCCACCAUGGGGUCUGGCAGCCUGAACGCCAUGGCGGUGUUUGAGGCGGGAUUCAAGGACGACAUGAGCAGGGAGGAGGCGAUGGCGCUGGUGGCGCGCGCCAUCAGGUCUGGCGUCAUGAACGACCUGGGCAGCGGCAGCAACGUGGACCUGUGCAUCAUCACCAAGGACGGGGUGGAGUACCUGCGCAACCACGAGUACCUGCAGACCAAGACCUACGAGCGGCAGUUCCCGCAGAAGUUUGCUUCGGGAUCAGUACCGGUGGUGCGGGAGCGCGUGUACGACAUCCGGCGGGCGGUGCAGGUGGUGGAGGGGGAGCCCAUGGAGAUGGAGGUCAGCUGACGUGGCAGGCAGCUGGCCCCAGCAGCAGCAGCCGCCGCCGCCCCAUCUGCAGCACCAGGCUGGCGGCAGGCGAUGCCAGGCAGCCAGCUGUGGGCCCCCAACACUACUCAUGUGGCUGCCAACAAGCCUGCCAGCCGAUUCCCCAGCCUCCUGCCUGUGGCUCCUCCCAUCCCUCCGGCCAGCUGCAAAUGCGCAAUUUACACUUGGGCGGUUCGGCCACCGCGGGCGGGUACGGGUACGGUUGUGUGGCGCGCGAGCAGGGCGCCGCGCCGGCAGCGUGUAUCAUUGCUCGGCCGGGCACGGCGUGCCGCACACAUUGUAAUGAUAAGAAUCG